AUGGCCUCACAAAAGUCGCAGACCGGCCCCAUCCCUACAUCGAGCGGCGCAUCACCAGGCGGCGGCGUUCCCCUCCCCCCAACCCCCGCCCAACUCCAAGCAGCCUUCGAGCACGGAAUCUGGUACAUCCUCUCCCUCUGGCCGGCGCUUCACACCGCCGUACAAAACUCCUGGGGCGGUCCCUCGUCAGCGGACAAACGGGACUGGUUCGCCGGCGCCACGGCGGACUUGAUAACGACGAACCCAAACACCGACCAUGACGAUUUGGUCGUGUUUCUGCUGCAAGUGAUGCAGGAUGAAUUCGAUCUGAUGGUCGAGGAUGACAGUGAGGAGGAGAUUGCGGGUUCGAUUUUGGGGUUGAAGAGGCGGUUGGGGGAGGAGAGGGAUUCGGCGGUGUUGAGGGAGCUGGAGCAGAGGUGGAAGGGGAGGGGGCAGAUGAAGGUUGAGUUCCGCGGGGAGAUUGAGGAGGAGGGAGAGUGGGAGGGGAUUGAGGAUGAUGACGAGGAUGGGGUUGACGAGAUGGAGGGGAUAGAUGAGGCGCCAGAGUUAGUGCCGGCAGUGAGGAAGGAGAGGGUAGACCCCGAGGUGGACGACGAGGGCUUUACGAAGGUCACGAAGAAGAAGCGAUGA